AUGGCGGCUACCGCGGCGGCGUCGCCCUCCUCCUCCCUGCUCCUCUCCCGCCGCCACGGCGCGUCCUCCUCCUCGUCGUCGGCGUCCCGCGCCGGCGCCUCCCGCCUCCGCGCGCCGAGGUGCGUGCUCGGGACGGCGGAGCAGCUGCGGGUGGUCGAGGCGGGGAAGCCGGUGGGCGGGGCCGACCCGUGGGCCGCGGCCUGGACGCCCAAGACGCCCGCGCAGGAGGCCAGGCUCGCCGCGCUGCCGCAGGAGGCGCGCGACUCCAGGCUCAAGAUCUUCUCCGGCACCGCCAACCGCCCGCUCGCGCAGGAAAUUGCUUCUUAUCUGGGCGUAGACCUUGGCAAGAUCCUUAUCAAGCGCUUUGCUGAUGGAGAAAUCUACGUGCAACUGCAAGAGAGUGUGAGAGGCUGCGAUGUCUUCUUGGUGCAGCCCACUUGCUCUCCUGUCAAUGAAAACCUCAUGGAGCUCUUCAUCAUGAUUGAUGCAUGUCGGCGGGCAUCAGCGCGAUCUAUUACCGUUGUCAUUCCGUACUUUGGAUAUGCCAGAGCAGACAGAAAGGCUCAAGGACGUGAGGCAAUUACUGCCAAAUUGGCUGCGAAUUUACUCACAGAAGCUGGCAGUGAUCGUGUCAUAGUAUGUGAUAUGCAUUCUGCACAAGCAUUGGGAUACUUUGAUAUUCCUGUGGACCAUAUAUAUGGACAGCCUGUGAUUCUGGAUUACCUUGCUAGCAAGACAAUUUCUAAGGAUCUUGUAGUUGUUUCUCCUGAUGUGGGUGGUGUUGUUAGAGCACGUGCAUUUGCCAAGAAAUUGUCUGACGCCCCUUUAGCUAUUGUUGACAAAAGAAGACAGGGUCACAAUCUGUCAGAGGUCAUGCACUUAAUUGGUGAUGUGAAAGGGAAAGUUGCUAUCAUGGUUGAUGACAUGAUUGACACAGCAGGGACAAUUACUAGCGGAGCAGCAUUGUUAAAACAGGAGGGAGCAGAGGCUGUUUAUGCUUGUUGCACACAUGCUGUCCUCAGCCCACCUGCAAUUGAAAGGCUUUCUGGGGGCAUCUUUGAGGAAGUCAUAGUUACGAACUCCAUCCUGCUACCAGAGGACAAAUGCUUCCCUCAGCUCACGGUGCUCUCCAUGGCAAACCUUGUAGCAGAAACUAUCUGGCAUGUUCACCGUGACGGCUCAGUGAGCAGCAUCUUCCAAUAA